AAAAUAAAAUUAGAAGAGAACAAUUUAGGUCUUCUCUCACCUUCUGAUUUCUACCCAUCGAUUUUGUUCUCUUGUUCGAUUAUCCUUCGAUUCUCUUCUCCGAUUAUCCUUCGAUUCUCUUCUCUCCCGCUCAAGUUCAAGGUUCUAUUUGUGAUUGUUCUUCAUUCCCACGCUCAAGUUCAAGGUUCUAUUUGUGAUUGUUCUUCAUUCCCACGCUCAAGUUCAAGGUUCUAUUUGUGAUUGUUCUUCAUUCCCUUCGAUGAAAUCACUAUGAGGAUGGGCAUGAUGCUGAAGACUCAAAGCAGAGCACUACUGAUAUGGCUUCUUUCGUAAGGUUGUGUGAAAGUGGUCGUUAUGUUAGGAGUGCUAGAUGGAAAAGGGUGAUUUUAAGUUGUCUAUUAAGGUUUAUAAUGAAGCCGAUUAGAACAAAGUUUAUAACUCCAGGUGUCGGACGUGGGAACAUAUCAAAAUCAUUCCACUCUCAUGAUGAAAUUGGUCCAUUAGGUGUUAGACGUGGGCACGUAUUGAAAUCAUUUCACUCUCAAGAUGAAAUUGGUGCAUUAGGUGUCAGACGAGGACACGUAUCGAACUCAUUCCAUUCUCUUAGGACUGCAAAUUCAGUUUUAAAUGAUGAUUCUAGAAGUAUAAACUUCUCAUUAUCAAAUUUGUCCAAGGGGACUGAAAAGGGUCAGCCAAGUUCUAACAAUGAAGAAGUCUUCAUGGAUGAUGAUGAUGGUCUUCUACAGAGCAACACUAACACUGAAGGCUCUUCUAUUUUGAGAAAAUUAAGAACAAGAUCAGCUCAUUCUAAUGUGCAUAUUCCUCCAAGUGAGUUGUCAUUGCCUCAAGUGCAAGACAAUAUAGUGAGGGAAAGCAGUUCAGGUUCAAGUAAAGCUCAAACAUUUGAAGGGUCCAUCAACAAAGAAGGCUGAACGUGAAGCUCAACUUUUAGAAGAAAAUCAAUUAUUGAAAAGUCGUUUAAGUACAUUGGAAGAUAAAUAUGUCGGAACACUAACAAACCUUUUACUAUGUUGCUGAAGUUUAUGUCGAAACACUGACAAACCUUUUAUGAUCUCAGUUUUAGUAGACUUCUAUUACGAUCUCUGUUUUAGUUUAAAUACUGAAGUUUGUGAUCUUUAUUAUAGUAGACAAUUAAGUACUGAAU